AUGUCCGUUAGACAACACAUUAAUCUUAAGGUUUACGAAAAUAACGUUUUGAGCGGGUUUCUCUUGGUUCGACCGGUGUGGGUUGACGAUGAAACCGUCAAAACAUGUAAAAGUUGUGGAACCUCUUUCACUCCUCUCCGGAGAAAACAUCAUUGUCGACAAUGGCAAGUUGAGUGCACUUCACGAAACAUUGCACUACCUCAGUUAGGCUAUGUGAAGCCAGAGCGAAUUUGUAACGGAUGUUUUGAGAUUGCAUACCUUGUCGGCUACAUUGUUUCGGAAGAUAAAUCGACUCAGGCACACGGUGCUAGAGGAUUGUUGGACAUUGUUGAGCGAGGGAAUGGCUUAAGUGUGCGGGAUAUGACCAGUUAUCUAAUGAACAGAACUUUUGAACCGGUAGAACAAGAAUUGUCAAAUUUCAUAACCUAUGGAGGGCUAGAUGCACUGGUAUACUUGUGUCGAACCUCGCAGUCAUACGAUCUACAUUACUGGGGAACAACAGCCUUGGCUAAUAUUUCUGGAUACGAUUCUCUUAAGCCAUAUAUCAUCAUGAAAGGGGGACUUCAACAUUUGUAUAAUCUUAUCUUGCUUUAUUUUGAAAAAUCGGAAUCUUCGGAUACGUCAAUCACCAUAAAGAUUAUGGAUCACAUUUCAUCUAUAGUUCAGAAUAUCGGAAAUAUAUUGUACUGCUUAUCCAUCACAGAUUCGCUAUGUAGAAGAAUGUUACCUGAUGAGGCAUCGUUGGACGCAAUCCUUAAACUAGCAAAUUUUCAGAUUGGAAACAUUGUUGAUGACGACGACGAAGAUGAAACGCUUACCUCUUAUGAAGAAAUGAGGCUUCGCGUAGAGCUAGCGCAGGCCCUAGCAUCAAAAACCAUUUCGAACCUUGCUAGCAAUCAUUCUCAUCAACUUUUGAUAAUCGAGUCUUCUACGGGAGCAUUGGAUCGUUUGAUGAGUUUGUUGCGAUCAAACGUCUAUGAAGUGCGGAAAUAUGCAGCAAAAUCAAUUGCAUACAUGUCACUUAGAAAUGAUAAAUACAAAUCAAUCUUAAUUAAGAACGGUCGAGCUGAGAUGCUCGCUUCCGUGGUCGACGUCGAGGACGAAGCAUCCGCGAAAGCUGAUCAGGUCACCAUUUCUCAUUCAUGUUGCGCGAUGGCAAACCUGGCAACGAACGCUGAAUCUCAGCAAUUCCUUAUUCGUCAACCUAAUUUGCUGUCAAAUUUGUGCAAGAUGGUCAAAUAUUUUAUCACAGAUAGGGAGGUUCAACGGCACAUAGCUCGACUGCUAGCAAACUUUGCAUUAUAUGAUGAAAAUAAAAUGAGGAUGUUGGCAUGUCAAAUAAUUUCCGUCGACGAUUAUGACAUGAAUCAAAGUGAAGAAUCCUGGGGAAGCGUCAUUUCCACACUGAUUGCCAUUGGUGAUUCCCCAGUAUCAGAUGUUGAGAUUCAUCGUCACAUCAUUCGUGCUCUUGAUAAUCUUUCGACCGAAGUUCCGUCCGGUUCGCUUUCCAAACUGAGUCCUUGCAUACCUCUGAUAAAUCGAAUAUUGGAAACGGUUAAGGAUGAAGAUAUUCGUAAACGAGCUGCACACGUAUUAAACAAGUUAACUCAUCCACCCUCAUUAUUAGUCAACGGUGUUGAUGGUUCCUCUGAUCAACAACAGAAGCAUUGUAAUGGCAAAGGCUCGCAGGAAUCAGGGUCAGACUUUUCCGAUCAAAAUUUAAUUAUCUUUGAUGAUGGGGACACUCAACAAUCGGGGCUGACCGAUGAUUCAGCUUCGUCAUCAUAA